AUGUCCAUGGACCACCUAGCGAGAACUACAAGCACUGGAGCGAGCCGAAGGAAAGCUACCGUCAUCGCCCCUUCCUCACUGAAGCUGAGAAAACCUUAUAUUGUUGCAGAGGUGAAAGGGAAGCAGAAGAGGGUGCUGCUCGACCAGGCCGCGCACGACAAGCUGCUCGCGGAGGUGCCCAAGCACAAGCACAAGCACAAGAGGGUGCAGAUCCGAGAUGACAAAUAUGACAAGGAGCAAGAAAAUGGCUUGAUUGCUGGUUCUUCAUCAAGGGGUAAAAGAACAAAGGCCUCACCCUGCCAACAAGAUUGUGUUCCAGGUGCAUCAACUUAUGCAAAUGGUCAUGCAAAGGCAGAGGCCUCACCCUGCCAACAAGGUGGUACCAGUCAAACAGAGGAGUGUUCAGAGCCAAAUCUUCCAGAGGACAUCUGGCAUCAUAUACAUUCCUUAAUGCCAUUGAAAGAUGCUGCCAGAGCCGCCUGCCUGUCUCGGUCCUUUCUGUCUUCCUGGAGAUGCCAUUCGAUCCUCAUUUUGAACAGGGAAGCAUUUGGGUUGGACGUAUGUGCGGAUCACAAGGAAACAACUAGAACUUUUAGAAGCAAAAUUGACCACAUUCUGGGAAACCACUCGGGUACUGGCGUGAGAAUACUGAAACUUCGGUUAGUUUCAAAUGACAAAGCGAAGAACCGUGAUUAUAUCGACAAAUGGCUUCAUAAGGCUGUUAAACCAGGAAUUGAAGAACUCACCCUUACUAUGCCUAUGAGCAACAAACGCAAAUACGAGUUCCCGUGCACACUUAUAUCAAAUGGGCUGGGAAACUCACUCCAGUGUCUUUACCUUUCCGAUUGUUCCUUUCAUCCUAUGGCUGGGCACUGUGGCUUGAGUAGCCUGACAAAACUAGAGCUGUUAAUGGUGGGUAUCACGGGGGACGAGCUAAGCUGUCUUGUUUCCAGUUCUGCAGCUUUGGAGCAGGUUUUACUCAGGGAUUGCAGUAAGGUACUGCUUGAGGAUACCUUGCCAUCUUGAGCGGUUAAGCCACUUGAAGGUGUUACGUUGCAGCGAGCUGCGAUUGAUAGAGAGCAGAGCUCCAAAUCUCUCGAGCUUUCAGUUUAAAGGUGACCUCAAGGUUCGAGUCUCACUUGGAGAAGCAUUGCAAGUGAA